AUCAGAUGCACAGUGCGAUCUGAGUGUUACCAGCUCUCGACAAUGGGCCGCGAAACGAUUAAGAGUUUCAGGGCCUUGCUCCUACUUUUGGUUAUUACGGCCCUUUCGGCUGCGCCAGCUAAAGAAGAAGAAACGACCACACCUUCCAAUGAAGAGGAACAUACUUUAUCAACUGACUUAGUGCCUCCUCCUUAUCCAGAAAAAGAGGAACAUCAAUAUAUGGUUUUUGUUAUCAAUCUUUUUGGACUGAAAAAUGCUAGCGGCGAAACUUCUGAUGAAAUGUUUGAAAAUGAUGUCAUCAAAAACGUGCCAGAAUUAACAGAUCCAUUGGCAACUGUGUUAUUAGUCAUCGAAGUCGAUGACAACGAAGAAGACACUGUGGAUGCAUCGGUGGAUCUCGACAAAUUUGCAGACGAAUUAAGAGACACCGGAGGUUUCAAUGUUGAGAAGAUCAACCAGAGUGGUGAAACAAAAGUUCUCAGAGUGAAACUCGACAAGGAUGAUGCGAAGAGCGUGUUUCCGUCGAAAGAGAAAUUGGACAGAUUACAGAAAAUUCGUAACAAGAGAUCACUGUGCCUUAAGUGUGGCGGAGGCGGGUAUCCUGGCGGCGGAGGCGGAUAUCCCGGAAGUGGUGGAUUCGGAGGUGGCGGCGGAUUCGGUGGUGGAGCUGGUGGCGGAUUCGGAGGUGGCGGUGGAUUCGGCGGUGGAGCAGGAGGUGGCGGAGGAUUCGGGGGUGGAUUAGGAGGUGGCGGACUUGGUGGACUUGGUGGACUUGGCGGACUUGGCGGACUUGGACAGCAUAAAGGAUACAAUAAAGGAGGAUGUGGAGGUGGAGGAUGUGGAGGAGGAGGAUAUCCUGGUGGAGGUCAUUCUCCUGGCUAUGGAGGUCAUCCCGUCGGUGGAUAUCGAAAAAUUAUACCCGUUAUUGUUAUACCGGUUACAGGCGGCGGAUAUCCAUCGGGUGGCGGAUAUCCAUCGGGCGGUGGCGGUUGCAGCACAUGUGGCGGUGGUGGAUACGGUGGAAAUUCAUAUGCCUCAGCUUCAGCGAAAGCAAAUUCCGGUUGGGGAAAAUAAACUCAAUAGAAUGUAACAACGAACACAAUUUAAAUUACGUGCUGUCUGAAAUAUUCGCAAGGAAUAUUAUAACGUGCACGCGCAAUCAUAUUUAAUUUUAAUUCGUUUCUUAUGAUGUAACGUUCGUCAUCUUGAUCGCCGAUUUACGUAACAUGUUCAAAUAAAUGAGAAAAUAGUAAACAGGUUUAACUUUAAUAAAAGCUCAGGAUUCA